UUCUAUAGGUGAGCAAGGGGCAUAGUCCAGUUUGAAAUCUAUACAGGGUGCUGGAAUGAAUUAAAUUUGGAUGAACUAAGAUAUGUUUUCAGGUGCAUUGGCUAAUGUUCUGAGAUUAUCUCAUGCUUUUAUUCUUUGUGUUAGACAGGGCUAUGAAGAACUGGAAAGACAGCUAAAAGAAGUCUUUAAGGAGAGGAGCAACAUACUUCAGCAGCUCUUAAAAACUUCUAAAGAACUUCAGGGAAUUAAAGUAAACCUCCAGUCUUUAAAAAAUGAUGAAACAUCAACCAAAAAGGAUGUGCAGAAACUUCUGGAACUGGGCCAAAACCAAAGGGAAAUGAAAUCUCUCCAGGAAGCCUUUCAAAAGCAGCUUAAUGAGGCAGCUGAGAAAGCAGAGAAGCAGCAGGCUACCAUUAACUUUUUGAAGACUGAAAUGGAAAGGAAGAGCAAAAUAAUACGAGACCUUCAAAAUGAGAACAAAAGCCUCAAAAACAAGCUCUUGUCAGGAAACAAGCUUUGUGGUAUUCACGCAGAAGAGUCAAAAAAGAUCCAAGCCCAGCUGAAAGAGCUCCGUUAUGGGAAAAAGGAUUUGAUUUUCAAGGAGUCACAGCUGAAGGCUCUGAAGGAGACUGUGCAGCUUUGCCUGUCUUCAGUUCUGCACAAUCAGACUCCCACAAUCAAUCCAAUCUCUUCAAAACCAGCUGAGAAGCUGACUUCCUCAAACACAAAGGGCUCCAAGGUUCCAUUUCAAGUGGCAAGCACCAAGGUCUGGCAAAAUGUCUCAGCAGAGAAAGGGAAUUUUCAUGUGGCCUUGAAAAAGGAAGAAAAUCAAAGCACCCAGGAGUGUGAUUCUCAAGAUGUUGCCAAGACAUGUUUGGGGAAUCAUAAUGAUUCAACAUCUCGUUCAAAGGCAGCAGAAACAGAGACAAGAUUUCAGAAGCUGCACAGCCCUCCGUGGACUAAACUUGAAGAUAAAAAAUCGCCUGAAAAAAAUGAGAAAAAAUACGAAGAAUCAGUUAGCACACAAGGAAAAAACCUCUAAAUGCUACUAAUCUACAUUGAAAAAUGCCAACCACUUCAUCCGCAUGUUCUGUUAGCACAAAGGCAUGAAAUGUCCCAGGUUUCUAAAGCAUGCAUUUUUCACUAUUUUAUGAAUGUCUGUAAAUUAGUCUAGAACAGACCAAUUAGUACCUUACAGCAAUAAUCCAAAAUGGAUGUUUGAAGAAAUGCUUUGUAAUGCAGUCCAGUUUUUGAACUCUUGUUCUACCUUAUCAGUAAUUGUAUACUAUAAAUUACCUUCUUUGUAAACAGGCAUUCUCAAGUAUUUUCUCAGUCUGUUUUAUUUCAUGUAAUUUUGUGCAGAUUAGGUUCUAAGAUUAAGGGGCAGUCAGUGUGUGUGGGGAAAUAUCUGUGUAACCACAUUUGAAGUACAAUCCUGAAGUGCAGCUGUAAAGAGAACUGUGCAUGGGGGUCCAUGUAUACUUACAUUUCAGUAAUUCUAUUUCAAAUCGACUUAUUUACACAAUAAAAUAUGUUUAUUUUGUUCUUUUUUUUUCCUCA